CACACACGUCGGGGUCCCCCCGGACCCCAGAGGGGCAGGACGGCCUUUCAGAGCCCCUCGAGUAGGAGCCUGGCUUUGGGGAGAGCCCAGAGCUGACGCUGUCCAUCUUCUGACCCCGCAGACCUCUGGCUCCGGCGGCCUCCUGGGGUGCAGGAUGGGAAGGAGCCCAAGACGGACGUAAUCCACUUAGAGACCAUCUGGCCUGGGGAACAGCCCGAGGAGGCGGGCCCUCGGACACGUCGCGGAAGGACACAGGAUGCUCGUCUCUGCCGCGAAUCGCACCUCCCCGCCCCAGGCAGAGGCCGGGCAGCCCGCCGUGGAUCCCAGCUGCGCCGUCCUCCUGCUCCUCCUCGCCAAAGCGCUGCUGAACGUCGCCGUGAUGCUCCUGCGCAGGAAGGGCGCCCCCCCGCGCUUCCUGGAGUGCUUCUGCGUGUCGGUGGCCUGCGCCGACCUGCUGCUCCUGGCCGGCCUCUCGGCCGUCGCCCACCUCCAGGACUUUGCGCUCUGGGGCACCAGGGUCACCAGACACCACGUCUGCCUGCUCCCUCAGGUCCUGUCCUUCACGUACGGCCUCCUGCCCGGGCCCGUUUUCCUUCUGGCCGGGCUCGACCACUACCUGCACGUGGCUGCCACGUCCAAGGCGUCGCCCUGGUGUCAGCACGCCUUCUACUUCCUGUCGGUCCUCUUGCUGUGGGCCGCCGUCCUGGCCUACGUGCUGGGCGACCCGGCCGUGUACGGGGGCCCGAGCCCGGGGGGCCUCCCCUCCCCGCAGUGCCCGCUCUACGUCGGCGCCCAGAGCCGCUGGCUCUCCGUGCUCCUGCUGGCCGCGCUACUGCUGGCUCUGGGGGCCUGCGGCUCCGAGGUCCUGGCGCUGGUCCGGCACGUCCGCCUCACGUCCCUCGGGAAGGAGCCCGCCCUGUACUUCCCGCAGGCCCCCGACGGGCCCGGGCCGGGCGGCGCGAGGAAGCGGCUCCUGGCCAGGCUGCUCAUCGCCUUCCUGGGCACAUGGCUCCCCUUCGUGGGCCUCCAGGCGGCCGUGCUGGCCCUGCGCGUGCGGAUCCCGGCCUACGUGGAGGUGAACGUCCCCUGGCUCUACUUCGUCAACAGCUUCCUCGUGGCCGUCGCCUACUGGUGCCGGCGUCCCGCGCCGAAGGGGGCGGAAAGCGCGUGCCACGCCGACCCCUUCGUCAGCUGGGAAUUCUGCUUUGCCCCGCCGGCGCUCGAUGGGCCGCAGCCGCCCGGAAAGGCCGCCGCCGUGAUCGUCUGUUAGCGUGCGGCCGCGCUGGGCGACGGAAGCCCGGCUCACGCGGCUGGGCGACCAUCUUGGUGAAAGGAGCCCCGAGGAACGCCCGGGACGACCGUCCGAGGAGGCGCUAGAAACCGCUUCCGGGGACGGCCCCCGAGCAGAAGUCUGGGAGCGGCAUCCUGGGAAGGCAGCAGAUUUUGGCCCCCCGACGAGAAACAGCCCUUCAGUGUGUUUAAGGUCGCGCCGCCUCCGUCUUAGUCCGGUUUUGUACUUCAGAGGCAUGCGUCGCCGAGUUCAAAAGCGGAAGUCGUUGGGUCAGACUGACCGGCCGACGCCCAUGCUACCCCGACCCACGUCCGUCUGUCCGUCGACGAGAGAUCCGGCCACCACUUGGCAGGUAUACGGUCUGCGUUAAACGUUUUUAAAAAGAAUUUUAAAAUCAUGUCUUCGUAUGGUGGUGGGGAGGUGGGGGGCCACGACCGUUAUCGGUAGUAGUAAAACACAAGCCGUAUUUUGAGGGGCCGCGUGGCCAACUUCAAAGUCAGGGAGACUCCGGUUCAAGACGCUGCUCUGACGUACUAGCCGUGUACCUGAACGCUGAAGACGUUUCACUCGUCCGUCCGUGUCCCUAAGAAGCCCGGGCUAAAUUACGGGCGCAGAGAUUACAACGUAGGGGUUUGACUGAAAAACGAGGCUUCCAAAGUCUGUGGUCGCCGAUUAAAAAGGAUACAGCUGACGUUUAAACGGACUUUUAAAGCUUUUAUUUACACGGGUGGAAAGAGUGCAAGGAGAGAAACGUAAGGGGAGAGCGGCAGAAAUGUCCAGCCUUCACACGCAGCCAGAGGGCCUCCUCCGGGCCCCAAGACAAAGUCCAAAGGAGAAGACCCAGGAGCCGCCCUCUUAGAAGCAGCCCCGGAGCCAAGGUCCUAGUCCAAAGCCACCUCCAACAGGCAAGUCGCCAGCCGAAGCUCCACACUGAAGAUUCAAGUCGAAGACCCCCUGGACAGGAAGUUCAGGACCUUUUAUAGUCCUUUUCCCACAUCCCUUCCUGUCCCUUCCUCUCUUCACAGGGACCAAUCAGAGCUUCCAAACGGCUUAGCACUGCCGGGGUGGGGGUGGGGGCGGGCGGUGGCAGUGUCUGUGGGAUCCACCUCUCAUCCUCUGAGGGUGUAAACUCUUACCAAAGGAUUCACAAGUUUCUGGAGUUGUCACCCAUUUUAGUAAGCGAUUUGCAAACUGACUGACUUAGUGUUAAGUAGGGGUGUUUAAAGUUUAUUGUUGAUUAACUUAAAAAUAGGCAAAGAGAACAAAGAAUUCCCUUUCACACAGGGGGCAGCUAGGUGACUCAGGGACUAAAGAGCCUGGCCUAAAGUCUGGAGGUCCUGGGUUCAAAUGUGGCCUCAGACAUGUACCAGCUGGAUGACCUUGGGCUUAACGACUCCCAUUUUCUAGCUCUUAGCACUUUCCUGCUUUAGAACUAAUACACAACACUGACAACAACACAGAAGGGAUGGGUUUUAGAAAAAGGCCUCAGUUCAGGGUUCCGGUCUCACCUUCCUUGGAUGUAAUGCCAAUUACCUUACAGAUCCAAAGGCACACAGACAGAGUUCCUGUUUUUAAAAAGGAUAGGAUUUGAGAGAAACACCGACAUCAUUUUAACUUCAAAAAGUCUCCCAGUUUAAGGGUGUGUCUUGCUCGAUUACAGAGGAAUUUCUUGAGAUAGGAAACGUCUCCAGAGAGCAUUUUUCACAGCUAAUCUAAUUUCUCAUUUCCUUACAUUUUGCUACAUAUAUUACUACAUGGAAAAGUUCCUAUUGUGAUAAAAUAAUACUGAACUGGGAAAACAUGAAAUACCAUUCCAGGCAGAAGUACAGACUGUUGUGCCACCACCCGGUGGCUUCUCUCCCGCUCUGAAGACAGGGCGGGAAGGAGGGCAGAAGGCAGCCUCCCUGGGUCCGGCUCUCCAUGGCUGCUGAUCUGGUCUCCUGGAGACAAAGGAGAACAUUCGGGGGAAAGCAGAAGCUGCACCCCCCCCCCCCUGCAGGGCAGUCCUUGGGACAAAAGCAACAGGGCACCGAAGGCCCCAUCCCUGCCCUCCGGGGUGGGGGGGGGGACACAGUGCUGGGAGGCGGGAGAAGCCAGGGGAGACUGUGGGAUGCAACAGCUUGGUCUGAAAUCUGUGAGGGGGAGAGGAGGAAAGGCCAGUUUGGGGACCAGCCGGAAUGAAUCUUCAUCUAGUAACACGCACCGAGAAGCUAUUUGAAUUGUUUCACGGGGGCCCGUAUCACGUGAAACCCUGGAAGCCCAGCACUGCGAUACGGUGCCACCAAAGGACCAGCCUCCCUUCCUCCCAGGAUGGCAUGGUCCUGGCCCCCAGGCCCCAGGCCCCAGUACAUCCUUUGUAGCCCACGACGGUCGGGCAUUUACCAAUACAGUUGGGAGCAGAGGUGCCGGGCCGGGCAUCGUGGGAGGGAGUGGAAGGCCUGGAGCAUCACGCUAAGGCUCCGGGCCCAGGGCGGCAAACACAGUAACUGUCCUUGUGCCGCUGGUUCCUGCUGCGUUAAACCGCACACGGAAAGCCUCAGGAAAGAGCCCGGGCAGCCCAAGAUAACUGUAUUUCAGAGUAGUGCUGAGUCACCCUCCCCGCCCCAGCCCCUUUUUGUCUUUAUUUCCUUGUUGGGCCUUAAGCAGUCACACUAUGGAACGGACCAGUGGACAAUAGGUGAGGUCAACCUUGUGUGUGGUUUUUACUUUUUUAUUUUUUACUUGUGUGUGGUUCUUUGUAAAGACAAAAGGAAUCUCCCCAUCAUGGAUAAAUACAAGAAAUCUGACACACUAGCCAAAUGGAAAGAAGCGUUUAUUUCUGAAGCAAUGAACUUACAACUCGUCUAUAAUAUAUUAUUGUAAUAUAAACAAUAUAAAUAAAUGAUUUUGUAGGCCCACUAAAUCUCUACCCAAACCCACGUGAGGAAAAAUGUUACAAUAAUGUUCUAUAUGAAAAUGUGCAGGUACCAAAAGGUGCAAUUACAAGCAAGUUUAAGCAGCAGAGUAUAAGGUGCUUCAAUUCAAUAGUUGUGUUGCCACCAACAGACAUAUGAAUGCUAAAUUUUUACUUCACUUUUGCUACAAUCCACAACAAAUAUGAAACUCUAAAGUUCAUUCACAUGCUACUUGUUAAUAUGAAAGUGCUUUUCUCCUUUUCUUUAAAAAAAUACAUCAAAUGGACAUAAUCUGCUUUACAUAGAUCACGGUGUGCUCUGAUACUGUAAAAUUAUUUUAACUUCAUUUUCAGGUUAUACAUUGUAAAAGUUGAGCUAUAGACACUAAUCUAAUUAUCCUAUGCAAUGCUAAAUCUAUUUCAUUUCCUGGUAAAGAAUAUUCCAAUACAA